AUGAAACCUCUCUUGCAAGUCACAAUAAUCAAAACCCCUAAUUCAACCCGAGUAAGCAGGAACAGGAUGAUGAAGCACACCCAAACGAUUUUCGCCAAGUAUUGUGGAAGAGCGUUAUCAACCAUCGCCUCUUCACCCGUGUCCUCUGUCGUUAAGGGUUCGUGGAACAAUCUGGAUGGUCUGGCUCUUUCUGGAGCAUUUCUUGUUGGAUGGUUUGGCCACACCUGGAUAAAUAUUUACCAUAGAAGAGAGAAUUGGUACAGAGUAGACAGCUUGUGGAAGGAGACCGAUAGGCGUUCAGAUGAGGUGGAAGCUAUAGCUUUGGCUAUCCCGGAUCGCACGGCAGGCUUGAAAUUGAACAAGAAUCGUGAUCCUACUAGUUGA